AUGAAUAACGAAAAACAUAAUUAUAGUUUAGGGGUUCAUAUUUAUAAAGAAAAGAAUAAAAGAAGGAGAAGGUUUUUUGGGUUAAAACAAAAAGUAGCAUUAAAGGAAGCAAUAGGAUGUAUGUUAAUGUCAGGAUUUGUAUUGUUUGUAAAGAUUGGGUCAAUAAAUGUCAAUUUAUUAAUUUUGGUACCGGUGGUUUAUGUUAUGAUGGCAUUCAAUAUAUCUUCUUUGGCAGCAUUAUUGAGUGGUAGUGUGGUAGUGUGGGGUUUGGGCAUAGCAGCAUUAUAUACAUUUAUUCUUCAAAAGAUCGUUGAUGCAUCAUAUCUUUGGGUCAGUUAUAUUUUUAAUUUCUUUUUUACAUUUAUUUUGUACUCUUUAAUACCGGGUAGAAGAUGGAUCAACUUAUUUGCCGCCAAAAUGAUGCUUAUCAAUCUUAUUUGCUGUGUUUAUUUUAAUCAAGGUUUGAGUCCAUAUGAAAUGAUUUGGCAAUUUUUAGUAUUAUUCUGCUUAGUAUUUUGUGUAUUAAUUUUCUGUGGUAUGUUUUUAUUCCCAUGGUUGGCAUCAAGAUUGUUCCUAAAGAAAGUAAUCAAAACAUUCGAUAGAACCAAAAACUUUUUUAGAGCUGUUGGGUAUCAAAUGGAGGCUAAAUUGGAUAUGGAAAUGUCAAUAGGUAAAAUUUCACCAACAACUCCACAAAAGAAAAGACCCAAGUCAUUUAUGCACCCAAUUUAUUCACCUGAAUAUAUGUCUGGUGCCGAUGGCGGUAAAGUCGAUGAUCACAUUAGUUUAGAAAAUCAAAAUGGUAAUGAUGAUAUUAAUUUAGAAAGCAUUGCCACUGGUAACGAAAAUGUAAUUGUUGAACAAGAAGGUGCAAAUGGUUAUGUCAAUAACAAAAAUAACAGCAACAGCAAUAAUAAUAUUAAUAAUAAUAACGAUAAUAAUAUUAAUAGUAAUAAUAAUAUACCACAUUCUCAUAACACUAGCCAUAAUAAACAAACCCCAAUUGUAACAUCAGCUAUCAAAAUUCCAUCUAAAGAAGAUUUAUUAAAAAUGGAGGGUAAAUUAAAUGAUCAAAUUUUUAGAUUAUCAAUCAUUUUAGCAGAGUCCAGAAUGGAGCGUUGGAAUGCUCCAUUAAUAGCACAGUACGAACAAUUAUUAGCAUUGUUGGAGAUGUCACAAAAGCAAUUAAUUACUAUUAAACAGUCAAUAGAUGAGGGUUUCGAAAUCAAAACUCGUCAAGAAAUGAUUUUACCAAUGAUUCCAUUUAUUGACUCAAUUAUAGAAGAGGUUCAUUUACAAAAUUGUUUAUUUAUAGAUAUUUUAAAAAGUCCCGAGAAAUAUGACUAUGAAAAAGCAGGUGAGGUAACUAGUAAAACCAUCAUAGGUAAAGAUGUAGAUAUCAACUCAAUUCAUUAUAAAAGAAAAGUUUUAGAGAUGUCAUUCGAAGAAACUCAAGAAUUAAUCAAUAGCUCAAAAAUAUUUUACAAAAGUUGUGUUAAAGAAUACCAAAGAGGUGACAAUCUCAUGUUCCACGAAUCAGAGAUUUCCAAAGUUCAUUUCUUUUUAAUUGGAAUUUUUUCAUUUGCUUCUAGUCAAAAAAGAAUCUCUGAUAUUGUAUUAAAAGUAAAGAAAUUACAACGUUACGAGCCAAUAAUUGUAGAGCUACUUAGAUAUGGUGUUUGGUUUAUCAUCACAAGUUUUCCAUUACAUAUUUAUAAAAGAGUGAUCAAGGUAAAGAAUAUUAUUCAAAAGGAAAAAGAAGAGAGACAAAAGUGGAAGCAAAACAAGGCCUCUUGUUUUGUUGAUGAAAGUAUGGUACCCUACUCUGCAUGGAAAAGGUUCUGGAAAUUCACAUUGAAUUGGUUCUGGGCUACAUUUUUUGCAAAUAAAAGAUGGGUGUUUCCAUUACAGGUUGCUAUCGGCUUUACAUCUACUAUCAUUAUAUUCCACUAUUUCGAUGGAAAAAGAUAUCACGAGUUAGAGGUACAUGGUAUGUGGACCUGUAUCACUACAGUUAUUGUUUUUUCGCCAUCACUAGGUGCCACUUCAACAAGAUCUAUUCAUCGUAUGAUUGGAACAAUCGGUGGUGGUUUCUUGGGUUUCCUUGUUUCAUGGCUCACCAGUGUUGUUCACAACGAGGGUCGUGAGGUUUUGCUUUUUAUUUUCACUUUCUUUUGGAUCUUUGCCAUUUCUCAUAUUCAACAAGACCCAAGAUACUCCUAUGCUGGCUCAGUCUCUGGUUUGACUUUUAUUAUGGUUUCUUAUGGUCAAUAUCUUUCACAUGACUAUACUGUUAUGUACGCUGUAAUGAGAUGUCUAUUCAUUACAAUGGGCAUUGUUUGGGUGUUGGUUCUUUCUUUGGUAAUUUUCCCAUUUUUUACAUAUAAAUCAAACAUCGAAAGAGCUUUUAAGAAUGCAAGUAAUAUUACAAAUACCUUUAUUAAAAUUUUAGAAAACAGUAGUUUCAGAUUAUCACAGCACCAAGAAAAUGAUAACAAUUCAGUGGAUAUGGAGGGAUUGGUUAUACAUGACUCACCAAAGUCAUCAAAUGAGGUUGCUUUAGAAGAUAAAUCACCAAUUUUGAAUUCCUCACAACCACAACCAGUCUCACCACCUCCAGAACCACAACCCAAUAAUAAUAAUGCUGAUGUCUCAUUACAAAAACCAAUUCACAACAAUACUCUUACUAGUAGCAACAGCAAUAAUAUUAAAAAUAGUUCAAACGUUGCAAUCGAACCACCAAAAGUAACACCAGAGCAAUACAAGGCAGAGAUGGUAGCAACUUUAAGAGGUAUCCGUGUUACCAAUGGUCAGUUUUUUGCGGCUCUUGUAGAUGUCAAAUCAGAACUAUUCUUUAAACCUCAUCGUUUCAAGUAUUUCUUUAAAAUGUAUGGACACUUAAGUAACUCAAAUACUAGAUUAGUAAUGGCAGAAACAAUUUUAAGUAAAAAAUUAAGUGACACAGUUUUGGAUGAAAUGGUUAACGCUUACACCUCAAUAAAUCAAAUUAUUACAGACUUGAAAAAAGUAGAUGAUAAUUAUAAUGCCAUUCUAGCAGAUAAACCACUCCCACAUGAUAUCGAAGCAAAUGACUUAAACGAUAGAAUUCAAAACCUUAUAGAUGUUGUCCAUCAAAUUAGAUUAAACCUAUUAGAAAGAAAAAUAGUAUAUGAAUUGUAUCCAGAUAUGAUUCAAUUUGGUGCAUCUAUAUUUAUCAUUCAUGACUUUGUUCGUUACCAAAUCACUGUAUAUAAUCACUUACUCAAAUUAAAAUCAAAUAAA